CGGAUUGUUUCUGUGCUUCAUAGUGGUACUUUUGACUCAUCUCCAGUGUUGUUUUCAGAGAACAAACCAGCGUGAUUAUCUAAUGUUUUUUGGUUCAUGACAAUUUGCUGUCUUCACAAUUUCAAAGGCCUCAGCCACACCCCGCCCAGCCUCUCACCACCUGUGCCAUCAGCAACAGCUCCUCCAGUGCGGUUCACCACACAGUUUUCAAGACUUGGCCACACUUCAACUACUUCAACUCCAUCCUCAGCCUCACUUCCGUCUGCCAGCCUCACCCACUUAGAAAACUCUACAACAACCUCCUUUUACCCCUUAGCCCUUGUCUUGUGGUCCUGCUCUUGGUUCCAGUUUAAAAACACAUUACUCCAAAGGCAUGAAGAGCCACCUUAACCAUUUGGUAGAGGAAAUCGUGAGUACAUUUCAAGUGAAGUGAGACUGAAAAACACCUCUUGUUAUCUGCUAUAUGAGAUGUAAAACAUGUCCCAGAAGGUUUUGUUCAUUAAGCUGCUGUUGCUGCAUUACACAACCCAGAGUGAGUCUGAAAUUGAAGCAGAUUGUCAUGAAAAUGUUUCGGUGAUGUGUCCAGGCUUUGAAAUUGACACAGUGAAUUUCAUCUCUUUGGCCUGGUACAAGUUCAACAACACGAUGAAACAUGGAAUUAUCCGGAAAGGUAGAGAUAACAUCAUACAAGACUAUGGCUUCCCUCGUUCACCCAAACCCCAGUUUGGAAAGAAACACAGUUUGUUGCUCACCAGUGUGACACCUGAAGACUCGGGCACCUACGAGUGUGACAUCAGUGCAAAUGUAGGGGGUCGAAAUCUGAAUCUACACGUCAACCUAAAAGUUAAUGAUUGUGCGACCCAGACUGAACUGACGACAACGACAUCUGCGUCUAACACAACUCUGCACUGCAAAGGUUAUGGGGAGGACUUUCCUGUCAAGUGGGGCAUUGUAGGCUACGUGGCAGUGGGCCUCACCAAAAUAGUUUUAUCUCUGGUCACCAUUGGGGUUAUUCAAGCUGUUCAUAUGAGGUCGUCGAGACGAUGGCAGCGUAAGUGGUGAAGCUGACCUGUGAGAUCAUGUAAAAAGAUACGAAAUAUUCGGGUGCAAGUGAUUUUAUUUUUCUUAUUUAUUGUACUUUACUUGUUUUCAAAGAUAUCUUUGUAUUUUUUUCCUUUAAAGCGUCCUCAGUUUGUAAUAAAUGUGUCACUGUGAUGAA